AUGUCGAGUUCAUCGGAGACUCUGGAGGUUUCAGGGCAAAGAGGGUUGAGGAUGGCGGAGAAGCCAUCCAGCUUCACUCAGACUUGUAGCAUGCUCUGCCAGUACCUCAAAGAGAAGGGCAGCUUUGGAGAUCUGAGCCUUGACAUGGCAUGCAACAUGCAACAAUCCAACGGGACAGGGACACCUGAGAUGUUUCAUCAGAAAGCCCCACCCAUGAAUUUCUUUCCAUUUAUGGAAAACUCAAGGAACCUGCCGGCAACUCCUGGAGACUUUAAAUCCAUGGAUUUGUUCCCUCAACAAGCUGGUUUUGGUUCCUCUGUUCCCAGAGAAGAUGUUCCCAAGAUGGCUGAUUCUAGUGUGAAGAAAUCUGCCCCAGGAGAGCCUCAAAAGGCACAAAUGACCAUCUUCUAUGGCGGACAAGUAAUCGUGUUCGAUGAUUUUCCAGCAGACAAGGCAAAGGAAGUCAUGCUCUUAGCAAGCAAGGAAAGUUCCCAUGGCCAAGCCGCUCAGGCUUCCGUUCCGGCCAAGAGUAACAAUGUGUUUGCCUCUCAUUUGGGCAAGAAUCCAAUGAAUUCCAGCAGUUCAGUUCCUCCAAGUGCUAACAUGUUUCCCAAGUUUGGCAAUCAAGUCAUUCAGGAGGCCCCUAAGCCAUCGCCUCAACCCAUUGUUUGUGAUCUACCGAUUGCAAGGAAAGCUUCACUUCACCGAUUCCUGGAGAAGAGAAAGGAUAGGAUCAACAACAAAGCACCAUACCAAACAAGCAGCCCUGCAGCCGGCCCGGCGAAGCCAGCUGAAGGCAAGUCGUGGUUAGGCUUGGCUGCUCAGCCAACCCAAUGA